AUGAAUUAAAAUCAUUCCGAGGAGGAACUCAUGGAGGCUGUGAGAGAAUAAGAAGAGAUUAACUAAGCCAUUGCAAUGAGUUUGCAGGAGGAUUAGAGUCAGUUGAUCUCAGGACCAGAUAAUAUAUCAGAUAAGCUUAAGUAAGCUCAUCAUGAAAGAAUGCAGAGAAAAGGGUUAUAAACGCCAGCAUCAGAGGAUAGAAGUUAAGGAUUAUAAGUUCAAAAUGACGUUUUUAAUUCUGUUGAUAUUGAAAGCUAGCAUAAUGGAAUCGAAAAUAUUGCCAGUAAUCCAUUACAAGAAAUCAGGGAAUUACGAAGGGAAGUUUAGGAGGGAAAUGAUAGAAUUGAAUAGAUUCAGAGGAAGAGAUAAUGUGAUUUGUAUAUGAAUAUUGGUGCUAUAGUAAUUGUUCUACUUCACGGAAAUCAGGACUGUGGUAUCCCUAUUUAGUCCUGGCUUCUAUUUUACUUCGGAAUACAAUUCGCCUAGCUAGGUUCAGCCCAUAUUCUAGAUAAGAUGGAAGAUAUUCCAUACUUCAAUACUAGGAGAGGACUUAAGAAAUGCUCUAAAAUAGCAAUGAUGGUUGUAAUUGAAGGAUCGCAAUGUAUUUGGAUCAUCUAUGGAAAUAUGAUCUUCAAUGACUCAAACCAAUGCUUUGAAAAACUGCCUAUUCUAUCUUACUGCAUGCUAGCUUUACUUAUUAUAGGAUACUUCUAGCUAGUCUUAUAUGGGAUAAUUGUAGCUAUCUUGUUGUGUCUGUUUAUUGGUUAAUGCCAGAAGAACCAGAGAAAGUAAAUUGGCUCUGUUAAGAUAUUGAGAUCCCUUGCCAAGACUAAAUACAACUAUCAACUUUUCUCAGAUGCUGAAGAAUGUGCUAUAUGCUGGAAUAAUUAUUCAGAGCAGGAGGAAAUAGUCAAACUAAAAUGUAACGAGAAGCAUCUAUAUCACAGUUCAUGCAUUGAAAGUUGGAUCAAGGCUGGCAAUAACAGUUGUCCGAUGUGUAGAGAACCGAUUAACAAAGAAGUAACUAUAUGA